AUGGAAACGCGACGCAGCCCAAUAAGUCGUAGUGGCUGACACGACUUCAGCACAUAACCGAAAAAUACAAACUUUUCUUCCCUUACUGCGCCAAUUUCAUAUUUUUCCCAAACUCGGGCGGAGGGAAAAAGAAAAAGAGGUUAAAGUGGGCGUAAGCGUAGACUCUAAGACUCCGUACGCACCCCACGCGCACGUUAGCAUUUGCGUAGGCGGGGAAAUCCUCCACCGACGGAGUCGCCGGGCGUCAGCUGAAAACCCAAAAACCUAGAUCACUGCGAUUCGAUCACCCAGAAAUUUGAAAGGAGAUUGAUUGAUUUUAUCUAUCUUAAAUUAAUCAUUUAAUUGUAGAAGGGCUUCCCGAAUUUUUUUUUCCCUUCUUCUCUUCCUAGGACAGGAUCAAUUUUCCCACAGACUUUAGACGAAAUGUGGGUCUUCUAUUUGAUCUCGUUGCCGCUAACCGUCGGCAUGGUUAUUUUUACAUUGAGAUACUUCGCCGGUCCUGACGUACCUCGUUAUGUGUACUUUACGGUGGGCUAUACCUGGUUCUGCUCAAUUUCCAUCAUCAUCCUUGUUCCGGCUGAUAUUUGGACGACAAUUAUUGGUCAAGAUAAUGGAGGAAUAUCUUUCUUCUGGAGUUGGUCCUAUUGGAGUACGUUCUUACUCACAUGGGUAGUGGUGCCCCUAAUUCAGGGUUUUGAAGAUGCUGGAGAUUUUACUGUGGUGGAAAGAUUCAGGACAAGCAUUCAUGUCAACCUAGUAUUCUAUUUAAUUCUGGGGGCCAUUGGUUUGAUAGGAAUUAUUCUCCUUGUUACCAUGAGCAAACAUUGGUUGGUUACUUCUUCCUCGGCAUCUGAUUACAUUUUAAUUUCAUUCUUGCUGCAUAUCAUAUGUCCUGUUUCUUAAUGACUUAAGUUAAACUUCUUAAGAAGGGUUAAUGGCAAUAAUACUGUUUGCUUCAUCGUUUGAAUUUCUACUAUCGUGUUAGUUAUUUCUUAAAUUUUACAUUGUUUGCUUGUGUUUCAAUAGUUUAUGACCUUUUUGCCUACCCCUUGAAAGCUAAUGGUAGUCAUGGUUUCAAGUGUACCAUGAGAUGGGUGUAGCAACUUCAUACUUUCUUAAGAAGUUUCUUAUAUGGGUUUUUCUUACUAUUCGUAGUGGUUAGCUUCUCAGAUGCUGUAAUUAUCUUCGUUUAGUGGUUAUUAUGUUUCUUGAUCAGACUCCGUGUCCUGGUCUUUUUAAGUAAAUUAUGGUACUUGCUAAACAUUUCAUUGCUUCAUAUCUCAUGGAUACUAUUUUCAUGGACAGGAACAGAGAUAUAGUAGGUUUUGCCAUGGCAUGCUCAAAUACAUUUGGACUGGUGACUGGCGCAUUUCUUCUUGGCUUUGGUUUGAGUGAGAUACCAAAAACUAUUUGGAGAAAUGCCGAUUGGACCACUCGUCAAAAGGUUCUUUCACAUAAAAUAGCAAAAAUGGCAGUCAAACUUGAUGACGCUCAUCAGGAGUUAUCAAAUGCUAUUGUUAUUGCUCAAGCCACAUCAAAGCAAAUGUCGAAACGUGAUCCACUUAGACGUUACAUGGAUGUCAUUGACAAUAUGCUAGCCCAGAUGUUUAGAGAAGACCCAUCAUUCAAACCACAAGGAGGUCGAUUGGGAGAGAAUGACAUGGAUUAUGACACAGAUGAGAAAUCAAUGGCAACCCUUAGGCGUCAUCUUCGUGGAGCUAAAGAGGAGUACUAUCGAUGCAAAAGCGAGUAUAUGAAUUAUGUCCUGAAGGCUCUCGAAUUGGAAGAUACUAUAAAGAAUUACGAGCGUCGCAGUACUACUGGAUGGAAGUACAUCUCCAGCCUUAGAUCUGAGCGAACUGGGACUUAUGGGUCCUUUCUGGAUAUGGCUGAAUUGAUGUGGCGUUGCAUACUUCGGAAGCAAUUUCAGAAAAUUUUGGCUGUUAUUCUUGGUUGCAUGUCGGCUGCUAUUCUUUUCGCAGAGGCUACCAUGUUAAUUGGAGGGGUUGAUUUAUCCCUGUUUUCAAUUCUCAUAAAAUCUGUUGGAAAAGAAGAGGUUCUUGUGCAGGUUCUUGCAUUUGUUCCUCUGAUGUAUAUGUGUGUUUGCACAUACUAUUCACUUUUUAAAGUUGGAAUGCUGAUGUUCUAUUCAUUUACUCCUAGGCAAACUAGUUCCGUCAGUUUGCUAAUGAUAUGCUCGAUGGUGGCCAGGUACGCGCCACCCAUUUCAUACAACUUUCUUAAUCUCAUAAGUCUUGAAGGGCACAAAAAGACAAUUUUUGAGACGCGAAUGGGAACUAUUGAUCGCGCUGUACCUUUUUUUGGCGAUGGAUUCAACAAAAUCUAUCCUCUUAUCAUGGUUAUAUUUACAGUCUUGGUUGCUAGCAAUUUCUUCAAUCGUAUUAUCAAUUUCUUUGGGAACUGGAAAAGACUUAUGCUUCAGACUGAGGAAGAGGACAUGGAUGGUUUUGACCCCUCAGGGCUGCUUAUAUUGCAAAGAGAACGAACUUGGCUGGAACAAGGGCGCAAAGUCGGGGAACAUGUUAUUCCAUUGGCGAGGAAUUUCAAUGGUGUGCCCGUGGAUCUAGAGUCUGGUGGACAGGACAGAGAUGGGGACAUGAUUGAAAUGCGGAUGUCUUCUGAUCCCAGUGAGGUGGAUCAGAAAGGAACGUCAUCAAAGCCAUCGAAAGAUAACCGAAGAUACUCAGGGACUAAAGAAGCAAUUAGCAGCAAAUAUAGUGCUUUUCGGGAGCAGAGCAAGCUGGCUUCCACCCAAAAACCGGCUGAGAACAUUGCAUCUGCUAAAGUCUCUUUACUUAAUGAAGGAAGCUCUGAGUCUGGUGGCUCAAGUGCAGUUCAGUCUGGUUUAGCCUCCAGAUGGGCAUCAAUGAAGGCUGGUUUUCAAACUUUCAAGACAAACAUGGAAGCCAAAAGAUUUAUGCCUUUACGGCAAGUACAGGACACUCCAAUUUUAUCUAGAGGAUCCUCCUCAGAAUCCCUGGACGAGAUAUUUCAAAGAUUGAAGCGACCUUCGGAACACGAACAUCAUAGUUAUGAAGAUGAAGACGAUGAAAUGGGCAUCAGACCUACCCGAUAAUGUUGUCAACAUAUAUAGUAUACUUGACCAUUCGUGUUGUAAAAAUGAAGAAUCGAGGGGAAACCGGGUAACAAUGUACAGCAGUACAGGUCAGAGAAUUUGUCCCAGUUUCUUAUAUGUAUUCUUGCAUUUCAUACGAGAUAUAACAGCAGUACAGUGAUGUAUUUUAGGUGAGGCUUGAAGUUAAAGUUAAGCCCACGUUAAUGUAUCAUUUGAUGAUGAAAUUUUGGAAAGGUAUAACGUUAGUGGCAUUACUACUUUCAUUCUGUAGAGGUCUUUAGUUUCUCCUUUUUAAUUUGUAAUAAUUCUAACAGUAAUAUUGGAGUUCUCUAAGAGAUUUGAC